GAGUGUCAACACAUAAAUAAAUAACAUAGUGAAAGUACUAUACAAACUUCAUGUUAUUUUUAUUUACGUUUACCGCAUGACCACAGUCACACAACUAUGCUCGUUCUUGAGCUCACCUACUUUACGAAAUUUUAGAAAGUAAACACCUAACUAUGUGCCUAGUUCUAGUUCACAAUACUGUUAGUCUUAAACUACAAGAACACGCACGUUCGUUUACAGUGUCCGUUUUUUUAAGUCCAUUUCGUGUAUCCGUUGCGAUUUAAUAAAAUGUUAAAUAUCUUAGAUAUUAUUUUCUUAGGCUUAGCUUUCGCUGCGACAGUUACCGGUGUUUUGAUUAAUAAUUUCGAAAAACAUGUGCCGCCUUUUAUCAUAAAGGGUUAUAGAUAUGGAAGCUUUGCUUAUAAAGGAUCGGACGCAAAUUUUUUACAAUUAAUAGAAGUACCUAAAGCUUGGUACAGGCAUUUUUAUUUAUUUUCCUCCUUAUUCGGUGUGAUCACUUUAACCUACAUGACAUCGGUCUAUUAUUUCAAUUUGACAGUAAAUAAAUUUUUCACAAUCUUACUGAGAUUAUUAUUAGAACAAGAUGAACCUACAGUAUCAGUGACAGCAGCUAUAAUAGCAAUGACUUUAUUAACAAUACAAUGCCUAAAAAGACUGUACGAGACAUACAUUGUCCAAGUAUUUGCCAAGUCAAGCAAAAUGAAUCUUAGCCAUUAUUUGGCCGGUAUAAUUCACUACUUUGCAUGUAUCGUUGCCACUGUUGGACAAGCACCUCUCUUUUGUGGUAACCAAAAUAGAGAAUACAUAACUUGGAAUGAUACUCGUACCACUGUUCUGGCUAUACCUUGCUCCUUAAUAUUUCUGUUCGCCUGGUACGAACAAUUCAAGACCAAUAUUAUAUUUGCGAAUUUAAGAAAAGACAAAAAAUCGGGGAAGGUGGUCACCGAAGAGCACAGUGUGCCUAAUGGGAGGCUCUUUAAAUAUAUUUCCAGUCCACACAGGAUGUGCGAGAUAAUUAUAUACACAGUCCUAUUGCUUUUGAUACCUACAAAAACAUUCUUCUGUAUAUACUUGUGGGUUUUGGGCAAUCAGAUACAAACCGCCAUUCAAGCCCACGAAUGGUACAAGAAGACAUUCAAAAACUAUCCCACAGAGAGGCUUGCUGUUUUCCCAUAUUUAUUAUAACUUUAUAAGACUGAUUAUAAUAUUAUUAUAUUAUUUUUGUAUAUGAAAUGAUCUAUUUAAGAUAAUAAUUAUAUUUAUUGAAAUAAUUUAAGUGGGGAAAGAAAAUUAAUUAAUAUAAGAUUGUUAAUCUUUUUAGAUAUACAGAUAAAGAGAUGCUAUUUAUUAUUUUAAAAUAUUAUUUAUUUAUUUAGAUUACAGUAGAAAAUUUGACAGAAAAAUAAAUUAAGAAAUAGAUCGCGUAGAGAAAACAAUGAGUGGCCUUAUUACUGAAAGCGAUCUCUUCCAAAUAACCUUUGAAUCAAGAAGACUAUUAAACAGAUCAGAGGAACAAUAACAUUGUCUGUUUAUCGAAUUAUAAAUUAAUAGGAGUAAAAUAAAAAUACCAAAUAAAUUAAAUCU